CAGGUGGAAAUAGACGCGCGGCAGAAUGAUCGUUACAUGGUCGACCAUUGCGAAUCUAUGAAGGAAAUCGCAUACAAACUGUGGAAAGACGGUAAAAAUGUCACAGUCGAAAUAGAAGAAGCUGCUGAAUCAGUUCUGGACACCGAAUCAACCAAAUUAAUGAACUCGAAGCCAGUUACUGGAGAAGAGAAUGACGAUGACUCGGAAGAAUCGCAAGAUGUUGAUGAUGACGAUGACGAUGACGAUGACGAUGACGAUGACGAUGACGAUGACAAUGACGAUGACGAUGACGAUGACAAUGACGAUGACGACGAUGAAGAUGAGAGAAAACGAAGGUCACCGACCACCGAAACAGUUGAAGGAGCCUCAACUCCAGUAGCAAUGACGACUUCAGUUGUCUCGGUUAUCAGCACAAUCUACCCGAUGAUAGUGGAACCACCCGUAAAUGUAGAAGAGAAAGCCGGGCAGAUAGUCAAAAUGGCCGACCAAAACCGGGCCGAGUUCGAACAAGAGUUGGAGACUGUUAUCGUGUUGUGCAUGGAGAUAAAAGUUGUGAUGGAGUUCCAAGGCAAUAACAUUUUCUACCACGAAGAAGCAGUCGCCGAAACCCAAGAGGAUGUUCGCGACACCGAGAAAGAAAUCAGUGCGUUCUGUAAUAAAAUAAUAUCUGCUGCACUUGAAAUUGUCAGUCAAAACUCAAAAUCAAUGGACAUCAUCAAGAUUUUCGCCUCAGGAAUCAAAAACGAGGAGGUGUAACAAAUUUCUGCCAUCCGGACACAGUCAUCUAAAGACGUGAUUACUAACUAACGUGGGAACAAUUCAAACACAAGGCAGUUCAAUGAUUUGUAUUAUAGUUUUUAUUGGGGAUGGGAAAACUCUAGCUAUCUGCAAUACAUUGUAGCAAGAUUAUGAAAAAAAGAAGAUUUUUUUAAGCCAAAAUCGUGUAGAGCAAUCUUUAAUUUUCAUCCUUUUUCCGGAACUCAAGUUUAUUGGCUUUCUCUUGGUGGUCAUGCAAAACAUUCACAAUUAUUCAUGUUCAGCUAGCAGCACCUUAGAAACACAAGUAUCAAGUAUGCUGCACUUAAUAUUCCGACUUUCGAAGUAAUUGAUCAAAUAUUUAUGCUUAAGAGGAAGCUUGGGUCGACCUCCAUACACAUAUAUUAUUUAUAAUAAAAUUUUCAUGCACUUUUC